GUCUGUUCUAUUCGCUGUACCGAAUUUCUAUCCUAAAUCCAACAUCAUCGCACAAUAUUAUGUCAGACAAUUGGUUUACCUCCAAACUCGACCCAGAAAUGGAGAACCAUCCUGAGGAAGUACUGGCUCUCAAGGACUACCUACGCCGAAAGACCACCGCAACAGAAGCAGCUCAAACAAUCACUCGCCCGGUAAUAACCUCAAAUUCUCCCAAAGACGAUUUAGCCUGCCUACAAGGCCUCCUACAUGAUGCUCUCCUAGAGCUACCCGCGUACACCGAGCAGCUACUAUCCCUCCUACAGGUUAUCGAGAACCUCCCAGAACCCAAUUUCACAGCCGUUGAGCCAAGCCAGCGGCCAGGGGAAAAGCUCUGGAAGGGGCUCCCUCAUUUCGCCAAUCUAUGGUACGAAAUCGGUUAUCGAUCCGGAAGCUGGAAAAUGGAUGCCGAGAAAACGAGUGGCACAGAGCGCGAUGCAUUACGGAAUGAGCAUGUGAGAAGGGCAGAAGUCGAGGCGCGGUUGAUUAUGGCGAACCUUGCGAGUAUUCCUAUUGGCUGGGGAUACGAAGUCAUCGAAGACGCUUUGGGAAAAGACGCACUGCUGGAUUUCGAGGUUCCGGCUGCGGCGGAGUGGCUCUGGGUUUGUGGGAAACGGUUUCGACGGGGUGCGGUAGAAGGCGAGAAAAGCUAUCUGCAGACGCAGUCGGACGUUGUUCAGCAAGCGGCGACGAAGGCACUUACUGCCAUACAUGAAGUAAAUCGAGAGAUACAGUGA